AUGAGCCAAAGUAGUUUCAGAGUUGAUGGCCUAGCAUCUCCGCUGAGAUCUUCAUUUCGACAUUCCAUACAUUCUCUUCUACGUCCAAGUACAAGGAGCCCAGUGAGAAGUAGCUCGAGUUCUCAGUAUAGUGGAUCUAAGGCUGAUGUACGAGCACAAUCAAGCACGGCGCAUGAUUCUAGAAAACUGAUAUCGAAGAUAGACUUUGCUGACUCUGAAUCAAGUCAUUCGCAUAUUUCAGUGGAAGCAGAGGCAGAUGCUGCGACAAUUUAUUCGAUCAUUCAGGAUUAUGAGGUGACACAAAACUUCCUUUUUGAUGAAGACUUUGACAGCACUACUGAAACAGAAGUCAAGGCUUCCAAGGGUACUACAGAAUCGCGAUCAGCUGGUACAAGCAUCGAAAGCGGGCAAAUUCCCGUUGAGGAUAGCAACAUCUUCUCAAACAAUUCGGCACUGGAAUCUUCCCCGAUUACAUUUGUGACUUUGACUAAGACUGAAAAGCCUUCCAUUAUAGACGUACAAAAGAAAACGCUACUGAUUCUCAGCACUGAAAUAUCUUUUUCUGGGGGAAGCAAUGAAAGUGCACACGCUGGUGAGAUAGGGAACAUGUCAAUAGCAUAUCACCCAGAAUCAAGAGUAUCGGUUACUACUCCAAUGAAACCUCAAUUCUCACCAGCUGCAUCCCAGAGAGUUUCAAUGCAAAAUUCGCUGAAUGAUCGUACUCGAUCCAGUGGUGCUUAUCAAACCAUUCAUUCGAGGCAAGAGAGCGGGCAUCUUGAUGGUGUCGACUCUGCCAAAUCCUUCUUUGCUGGACAGGAGAUGGACCCUGAUUGUUCUGGUGUUUUCAGCACCAUAUCAUAUGAUGUAGCUAGUGGGCCAUUUCCGUAUACAACAAAAGCGCAUAGGCCUGCGCCAUUGGUGGUAAGUGAUGUUUCUCUCGGCCAAAGUGCAGCCGAACUCGUCAACCCAUGUUACCGAAACCCUAUUCUUGGUAUGCAAGAGCCUUCUUAUUCGCCUACUGUUCCAACUGCCUUUCCCACUCGUGAUUCAACUGAGAAGCAACGGCUUCAUAGAAAUAUGCUUUUUGCAUCCACAGAAAAUCUUAUCGAGUUGCAAGAAAAUCCAGAUCUCAACUACUCAUGGGCAAAGUGGAGUUUGAUGAUGAUUUCCGCAUUUCUUGUAGUACCUAUUUUCUUUCUUCUCGCGUUGGGGAUGCUAGACAAAAGCGGAUUCUACUAUCAUGAUUUUGUUCGGUCCGAUGAAAAGAUAGUCGGGGGUUUAAAAUAUCAUCAAAGGUACACUGCAAAUCAGAAGAUUCUCAGCUUUUUCCUCGGAGUUCUAUGGUUGUCCACCAUCUUGUCCAUGAUUGGUGUCGGCUUUGGCCUAGGACUCACACGAUUGUAG